AAGGCAUCAGCAGCACCAUUUGUCUUCUUCCCCUUCCUAUUAUCUUCAACUCUCUUAAGCCUCGUUCUAAUGGACUUGGCAUCCCGCCAUUUGAGAAGUGGCAGACAAUGCUUCACAAUCAAAUCAGAAUUAGAAUCAAACAUGUUGAUUGCUUGUUCCAAAAUUUGAUUCUCAUCCGGGGUCCAUCUGAGACCAGGGAGAGCUCUUGUUGCAUUUCUUCCUACCUAGCAUUUUAAAAGAAAAAACAAAUGAAAUUAAAUAACAAUUGAACAAUAAUAAAAUAAAGCAAAAUGAAUUGGAUAAAAAUAAUUACCUUAUAUUUAGACUUAGAAUUGGUUUUUCUGGCUGCACCAGGAACAGAUGUCCCCUACAUUGAGAUUCACAAUAGUAGGAACCACUGGACGGUCAUUCUGAACACUGACCGGAUCAGGAAGAGGCUUUUGAGCAAUAAGAACCUCACUUCCAAUUGAGGAUUCAGCAGUAACAUCAUCAGAAACCUCACUUGGAUUGUCAUUCUGAAUACUGAUCGGAACAACGGGAGUUAUAACGAAAUUCACAAGCAGAGGAUCGUCGUUCUGAACAAAUCCUCAACAGAAUUGUCCCUCUGAGUUAGGGCACAUUUUCCUCCUCUUAUUGAAGAAAGUUUUUUCAUCCUAUUCCAGAACUGAAAUUAAUAAUUAAUAAAACUUAUAUGCAAGUUCGAGUCAGCAAAAUAUUCCACAAAUUUAGACUCAUAACAGAAACACAAUAGAGAACCUUAUUAUUAAUAACAAAAUAAUGAAGAACUUGAAGGAAAACAUCUAACCAGUUCAUCCAACCAGUUUUUGAUGACAAAGCACAACACAACGGCGAGCUUCAAGAUGAAGAUCUCUCAGAUCGAUGAUCCGUAUGGUGAGUUUUUAGAACUCAUAAAGAAUUUCCAAGCGGGAAGAAUUGAUAGAAGACGUUUCAGAGCAAGAGUGCAGGGAUUGUGUAGUGGAAAUACAGAUUUGAUUUUCAGAUUCAACACCUUACUGAAAAACAAAUAUCAAAUCAAACUUAAGAUCACUGGGGUCAAACGAAAAUAUGUGAAGAAGAAGGUAGAAGAAAACCGUGAACUUCCUUGGGAUGUUCUUGAUAACAUUUGCAAAACACUAGAUUUUCACGACCUCUUUCAGUUUGCCGGUGUGUGCAAGAAUUGGAAGGCUUUUCAUAAAAUUUACUGGACAAAUUUCAUAGCAUACCAAGAACCAUUACUUCUCCGAAAUGUGUAUAGUAAUACGCAUCUUCAAGAAUUCUUUUCCUUAAUAAGCAUUCCCAAUCAAAAAAUUUAUUCCUUGAAGAAGAUGGAGUGCUUAUCCAACUCUAUGUAUGUCGCGUCUUCUAGCGGAUAUUUUAUCAAGGCGGGAUUCAAUGAUUCAUUUCAGAUAUUCAAUCCAUUUACAAGAGCAAAGAAGGUAAUCAAUGCCUCUAACUUUGAAGUUAUCUCUAAUGCUUUUGCUAGCCAUGCAUUGCUUGCUCUUAGCAAAUGCUCCGAGGAUUUUGUUUUGGUGGUUUUAUGCAUAUGCUCUAGGAAUUUGCGUGUCUAUCAAUCUAGAAACUAUGGUUGGGUUAGUUAUUCUUCAGCAAUAGGAAAUCAAGAAGAGAAGAUUGUUCACUUUGUGGUUUUGCACAGUAUAAUAUACCUUGUCACUAACAAGGCCAACAUAGGAGUGCUUAGCUUGAAUUCUACAAUCAUUAAAUUUCUAAAACUGAAGAGUACUCCUGAUGUAACUAGCAUACACCUUAAGCUGGUUAAUUGUGAUGAACAACUUUUACUGGUUGAUUUAAUGGAAGAUAAAAUGAUUAGGAAUGUGUACAAGAUAGACUUCUCCACCAUGAAUUAUGUCAAACUUGAAACUUUGGGGGAUAUUGCAUUAUUUUAUGCUUGUAAUGGUUUGAAGAAAGAUUGUUAUGCAUUGAGCAACCCGAACAAGUGGGGAUAUGAGAGAAACUCUGUGUAUGUCACCCUCUUUUCAUCUACAAUAUGUAGAGUAUAUUCAUGGGAUGAUAAAAAAUUGCAAAAAUGCAUUAUGCUUCCAACUCCCGAUGAAACAGGUGUCUUCGUGUUUGACUGGUGUUUUAGACAUCUACAAUACGAGAUAGAUUAUUCUCUAGUUGAGUAACUUGCAUAUUGUACGUUGUGUUACUUAUGUUCUUUGUGUUUCACCCCAUUUUCCUUUUUGCUUGUGUCAAACUUGUAAUUUAAUUAUAGCUAGAAUGAGGGAGGGUGACCGUCUAUUUAAGUCUAGUACUAUUUAUUAUUUUGUCUGUUAAUUGUUUCUAAUUUGAAGUGUAUAAUUGCUAAAAUUGUGUCUGCAAUCUUCAUUACUGUUUGAUCAAUGAAAGUUUAUCCGAA